UUCAAAUGACAAUUGACGAAAAAUACCUUUUUACAAGGAAUAUAAUUAAUGCAAAAAGGCAAUAAUGAUAGGCAAAGAAAGACAAAUAUUUGAUAAUCAUCACGGGAGCACGCGACAGUCUUGGAUUGAACCCACGAAUUCAAAUUUCCCGCCGCAGUCAGGAGGGGAGGACUUCGAACCAAUCGAGAACUUCAUCAACAGCCGUCAAUCACCGUUCCGCUACGUCACCGAUAUCGGUCGAUUCGGAUGAAAGUUGCGAAACGAAAGCCACGAUUAAAGGGCAAAAGCGUUGUUUUGAUAUAAAGUUCGUUUAAAAGAAGUUCAGGUGAAGUGUUCGUGAUCCAUGAAUUCGGUUAAAUCAUGAAUAAAUAGUGAAAACCUGUGGCCUGAACGGCAGUUGUUAGUCAUUAGCAUCCAGUAAGCUCUCACCGCGGUCGUCAUGAUGGAAAACCCGGAGGAAAUUCUCCAAGCAUUGGAAAUGUUCGCUAGAUUGAAACCUCAAGGAAUCCCGGCUGAACUUGAAGAAUAUUUACGCUUUGUUGCUAAGACAGGUGACCCGGUUUAUCAGUGGUCCCUUGUUAAACCGCUUUAUGUACAGAAACUCAACAAUGUGAUAAGUGAAUUUUUUGAUUCACAACCUAUGGCUCCAGAAAUCCCACCUAGUCCUAACGUAGAGCCCUGGAACUACGAGAGGAUGAAAACAAUGUUACUAGAACGACUAGAGACUUUUAUGGGUGCGCCUUUUACUAUACAAAGAAUCAGCGAGCUACUAGUAUCACCCCGAAGUGAAUACAACCGUAUUGACAAGUACAUGCGUGCGGUUGAGAAGAACGUUUUGGUUGUGAGCACACGUGAUUCACUUUCUCGAUCUCAGUUGGACAGCGUCAAAAAUCAAGAGGCUGUCAAUGGAAUUCCUGAAAACAAUGGCACUGCUGACGAUAUGGGCAGAAAUAUGCUCAACUCGGAACUCGGUCUACAAAAUUCUGCACCUCCGCCAUCAGAUGAAUUGCUUGACAUUAAAGCAGACGAACUUGAAAUGGAUAGUUUGUUGAUCGAAAAUAUUCCUGAUGAUAAAAUUCAGUGGGUUAAAGCAGAUAACAUCACAAAUGCUAUUAACUCAGCUGCUUCCAUAGCUGCCGAAAUGACCUCUCAGAACUCAGAAGAUAUGUCAACUGAUAUAGAUCUGGUCUCUACGGAAAGUAAUUCAAUUGCUGAGUCUGCCCCUCCAGAACCUGUUCCUGAAACUAUUUCUCAACAAUCAGUAGAACCAAUGUGUGUUGAGCCCGACCCUGCUAUGACGGAGGCUCUUUCGGAAAUGACUGAGCCUAUGUCGGCGAUGUCAGAGACUUUGUCAGCAAUGACAGAGCCUUUGUCGACAAUGACUGAGCCUUUGUCCAACAUGACUGACCAACAUCACAUAAUGUCAAUGAGUGAGCCUGUACCAACUGAAGCUAUUCCAACCCCAACAGAGUCCGUGCCUUCCGUUCCUGAACCAGUAAUUACAGAACCAAUGGCUGUUGAAUCAUCAAUAGAGAUGACUCCAAUUGAUACUAACGAAAUGGUUCCUGAGCCAAUCAAGAGUGAACCUGUAACGGUUGAAGCCUCAAUCAUCAAAGAAGCAACCGAGGUCUCAGAGACUACCCCAGAACAUUGUAAUGGCACCAUAAUUGACCCUUCCAUGCCUGACAGUAACACAGCUAAUAAUGAAAGUGGUGUUGCGGACGAAAUGAGCCUUCUGUCAGAAGAUUCAAUGUCUAGUAAUCAAUUAUCAUCUGUCGCUGGAGAAGUCACAUCAUCCCUAAACGUACUUGUUACUGAAGAGAGUUCCUCUAAUUUAAUUGGUGAUAACUCAAUACCUCAAGUAACGGAAUGUGACAGCAUUAAAAAUGAGUCUGAAAUGUUGAUUGAAAGUUCAUCAGAUGCUCAAGUUGCGACACCUGAUGUUCAAAGUGGCAGUGAAGCGCAAGCAAUGGUCAGUGAAGCAGUGCCAGAGACAAGCACAGUGUUACCUGAGAUCCCUGCCACCAGCACUUCCUCAUCAGACAGUGUUCCGAACAAAGAUGAUGUUUCGACAACAUCUGCCGAAUCAGCAGAUGAAGAAAAUCAGCCAACCAUUACACUACCAGAAGACGAGUCCUCAAACGAAGCCCCUACUGCCACAACCAGUGAGCCUAAAGAAAGUGCAAGUUCCUCAAAUCCAGCAGAUGACAUCCUGGUCACACUUUUAGCAGACAAUGAAAGUCUUGGCUCAACAGAUGAAGUAAUAGGUCUAAAUCCUGUCGUCACGGAGCCACAAGAUACACCUACCGAGCAAGCAACCACAUCCACAUCUGCAUCAGUCAUUGAAGAAUUGGAAGCUGCCUCAUGAUUCAUUGAUAGCUCGAUUAAAAUGGAGUUACUCAACGCUUGAAUAAACUGUAAAGGUAGCUGAAUUUCUGUAUGUUUCAUUUUCUAUUAUAUGUACAUUUUCCUAGCUGCAAGGCACUUUACAUAGUUUGACGAAGAAAGCUGUUAAUUUCACAGCUGAAUGUAGAUACAGGCACAAGUUAAGUAGAUGUCAAGGCCCAUUGAGAAACGCCUGAUUUGGGGAACUGCAUGGAGAAAGAAAAGAAUGAGAGAAUGUCACAUCGAAAAAUAGCACCAUUCAACAUCAAUUUAGGUGGUAACCCAUGGGCCAACUGAUGACUAAUGCAUUUGGGUUGAUGUGACAUUUGUCCAUUCUUUUCUUUCUCCAGUUCUUCACACUUGUAUUUCACUGCCAUUUUCACCUUUGAGAAAUAACCAACUAUGCAAGGGUCCUUAAAAUACUUAGGCUAUAAUUUAACGUCAAAAUCCAGUAGGCUCAUCUAUUCCUUCAAUAACUUGAUCAGAUAGUCUCAUUUAAUCUGUUCCUGAUGUAAAUAUUAGAACUUUAAUGGGGAGAGGGGAGGUUCAAGUAGCACCUAGGUGAAGUUUGAUCCAUUGCAUACUACCAGUGAGUUAUGAGUUCGUUCCGAGCUACAAGAAUGUGUCAUUUUUUUAAUGAAUUCUCUAAUUAGAAACCAAGAAUUAAUUGGGUGGCUUAAUGGUAUUGCCUAACUACAUUGUGCAUGGCCCAAUUUUCUCCGAUGUUAAAUUUUUGAACAGAAAAUGAAGCAACACUGAAACUCGAAAUUUUGUGAGUGUAUUCUUCCGAAUCUUGGAUAAACAUAUAGAAACUUUGAAGGCGUUUAGUUGUCAUUUAAAAAAAUGAAACAUCAAAGAAAAUAGGCAGCAAGAAAUGCUGUUCAACUGAUUCUGGUCCAAGAUUUUAUAGGGCUGUUCAUUUGUAUUUUUCAAUUCCAGAGAUGCUGAAUUAUUGAUGUUUUUCUGUGGGCUUGCUUUUAUUUGAGGACCAAUUUGUAGGACUGUGAAGCAGGGUAUAAAAAAUGUUUCUUUGCUACUAAUUUUACGACUGAAGACGUGAAAUGUAAAAACUAUACGCACUGAGAUUCUUUUAAGGUCUUAUCACAGCACUACUCAAUGCUGAGUCGAGUUUGAAAUAGUCUCAUGUUUAAGUGAAAGUUGGACCAAUUACAUCCAAACCUCAGAUAUUUAUAGACGAUGUACCUAAGUAAUUUGUCAGGAUCAAAACUUAUAAUUUAAAAAAUGAACCCAUAGAUCCGGAAUUCCUAGAGCUCCAUCAACAUUAACGAUAAAGUAAAUUAGGUAGCUUAUCAGCUUAAUUCUUAAGAAUUACUUUUUUUUUUAAAAAAUAAAAAUAGAAAAGGUUAUUAAUACACCUACUGAUAUCUUUGCUUAUACCGAUUCUAUGUAACUCCCAGCACCUCAGCUCAAAAUUAUUUCUUACUCCACUCUCUGCUGAAGCUGCAAAAGCACUUCUGUGAAUUUCAAAAUGGGUUCAAACCUCCAAAUGUUGAAAUCGGAAUAUUGCUGAUAAACAAAUAUUGCUAACUCAAGAGCUCUUGUUUCCGUUAUCGUACCCGACCUGAGAAAGGGGUCAAACCAGGCUUGAAAGACUGAUAAGAUGAAAUUUCAGUUGUUGCACAUUGUCAGACAGAUAAUCAGUUGUUUGAAUAGAGAAUUCUUUACUGUUAAGACUUUGAUAUUGUUUGCGGAAAUAUUUGGUUGCUGAUAAGAUCAAUUCAGCACAUAUGUUUUUUGAAGGGACAGGGAGGGAGCAUGAAUAGUAGCCAAACAAAGUACCUAGCCAAACAAAAUAGAAUUAUUUUACUGUAUAAGCAUGAAAGAAGCACUCUCAUCUCACAAUUCCUUAAUGUAUGUUACCUAAUAGAGUAUCACGCAGAAGAAGGUUCUUGGCCAAUUCUUCGAAUAAUAGGUUAUAGGAUUGAAAUUGUAAGUCCCAAGUACAUUUCUAAAAAUAAUGGAUGUAGAUUCCACUCUUAUAUAGUGAUCACAAAAUUAGGCAGGAAGGAAGGAAUACAUUUUUACCAACAAGAAUUACUCAGCCUAUAAAAAACUAAUCCGACCCCCCAAAAAAAACUUUCUUUUCUUUGUUAUUCUCAACUUUUCACGUAAGAUACUCAUUUGCUUUUAUGUUAUAUUAUUCAAGAAUCUUGGGGGAAUAAUGACAGUCAAUUUUUGAUGGCGGUUCAAAUCGUUACUAUUCACACCUUUGUUAUGAUGUCGUUUCUGCAACUCUCAUUUACCUAGUUCACUAUAACUUGCGAUCAUUUUUUAGAGGCAGUGCCCGACAGAACUAUUCUUUCAUGAAGUCUGAUUUGGACACUAUAAGUCAAUUUUAGGAAAUAUUAAUUAGACAAAAAAAUGUAAAUAUUGAGAAUUUUUUAAGAGUCCUGUAGUUCUGUAAAUAGACCUAUGUCUUAAAGGCACUAGCUAACUCCUAGUUUUUUCCUCUUUUUUUAGACGAAAAUUAUUUUAAUACCUUUGUCAUUCUUAUUUUAUCACAUGAAACUGCAUUGAUUGUAUUGAUACGGAUCAAAUAAAUGAUCUGAAUAUUUGACAA